AGCUUUAAAGUCUCCGGCUGGAGCCGCUCACAUGUUACUUCCUGUAUGGGAGAAUGGAAAGCGGCCAGACCCGGUGUGAUCAGCCAGGAGGAGCGGAUCCCAGCCUGGAAUAACGACCACCCUCCUCUACCCAGGAGCCCGGAAUAAUAGACAGCCCCUCGAAGAAAGAAGAGAAAGCGUGGGACUUGCUGGAGCUAGCUGCAUGCAUGAGAUCCAGAGCUCUCCCCGGCUCUCCAACUUCCCAGAGCCCUCCUGGUAACCAGACACCCGGAUCCGGAGACCCCGGCCCCCCCCCUCCUCCCUCCUCGCCUCCUCGCCUCCACUACUACUUUUUUUGGGUCGGAGGAGAAACAGUCAACAAGUUGCCUCUGUCCUCAAUGUGCAUGUUGUCAUGCGGAGACUACUGCAGCCGUGCUGGUGGAUCUUGUUCCUGAAAAUCUCCACGUCUGUGCUGCACUAUGUCCUGUGUUACCCCGCCUACACUGAGGGGAACGUGGGAGCACUACAUGAAAACAGACAUGGAAGCUCGGUGCAGAUACGAAGACGUAAGGCGGCCAGUGAACCCUACUGGUCCUACUCAGGUUUGUAUGGACCCGAGAACUGGGUGAUGACCAGCCCGGACUGUAAAGGCUUUCACCAGUCCCCUGUAGACAUUGUUGAUUAUACUGCCAAUAUUAGGGAUGAAUUCCUGGAGCUGCAGCUGGACGGAUUCGAGAACGAGUCUUCUAACAAGACAUGGAUGAAAAACACGGGCAAAACAGUUGCCAUUCUUCUGAAAGAUGAUUAUUACAUCAGCGGUGCAGGGCUGCCGGGCAGGUUUAAGGCAGAGAAAGUAGAAUUCCACUGGGGUCAAAGCAAUGCAUCAGCGGGCUCCGAACACAGCAUCAACGGCAGAAGAUUCCCAGUCGAGAUGCAGAUUUAUUCCUACAAUCCUGAUGACUUUGACAGUUUUGGAGCAGCGAUAAUGGAUAAGAGGUUGAUUGCAGCCAUGUCUGUCUUCUUUCAGGCCACACAGAAAAACAACCCUGCUCUGGAUCAAAUUAUUCAUGGAUUGAAGGGUGUUGUUCAUCAUGAAAAAGAAACAUUUCUGGAUCCGUUUAUCUUGAGGGAUUUACUGCCGACAUCUUUAGGCAGUUUUUACCGAUACACCGGAUCCCUAACAACACCGCCAUGUAGUGAAAUUGUGGAGUGGGUCGUAUUUAGCAGACCUGUCCCCAUCUCUUAUCAGCAGCUGGAAGCUUUCUAUUCCAUAUUCACCACGGAGCAGCAGGACCAUGUCAAAUCCGUGGACUAUUUGAGGAACAACUUCAGACCAAAACAGCCCCUUAAUGAUAGGGUCGUGUACAAGUCUGCUGUGAAAGAUGCUUGGAGCCAAGACAUGUCUGACGACUUGGACAAUCUGUUUGGCACUGAAGCUUCUAAAGUUUGCAGCUCCCCACCGGUCAGCAUGACAGUGCAGCCAGUCAACAAGACAGCUUUAGUUGUUUCAUGGAAGAAGCCAGCCUUCGUUUACCAUCCUCCAAUCAUGAACUACAUGGUAUCUUACAGCUGGACCAAAAAUGAUGAGGAGAAGGAGAAGACCUACAUUAAAGACAAUGGCAGUGAAAAAGAACUGAAUGUCACCAUUAACCACGCCUCUCCAGAUAUCCUCUACCUGUUCAGAGUGCAGGCAGUGUGUCGCAACGACAUGCGGAGUGACUUCAGCCAAACCAUGCUUUUUCAAGCCAACACAACUCGAAUAUUUGAAGGGACCAGGAUUGUGAAGACAGGAGUGCCUACUGCUUCCCCUGCUUCCUCCGCUGACAUGGCUCCAAUCAGUUCUGGAUCCUCCACCUGGACUUCCUCUGGCAUCCCCUUUUCUUUUGUUUCCAUGGCCACUGGGAUGGGCCCUUCUUCAAGUGGGAGCCAAGCUACCGUGGCCUCUGUGGUGACAAGUACUCUGCUUGCUGGUCUUGGGUUUAGCGGUGGUGGUUUACCUUCUUUUCCUAGCACUGUGUGGCCCACUCGCCUCCCUACUUCCUCUUCUGCCAGUAAGCAGGCUGCAAGGCCUGUCGUGUCUACUACUGAACCUUUACCGUCCACAGGCUCCGACAACGACUCUUCUCCCACAAAAAACAGCGAAGGGGCCGAGGAGGGGGACAAAGAUCAAAAAGGCGAGGGGGAAGAGGGUGAGCGAGAGCAGGAGGAGGAAGGCGAGGACGGUGAGAAGAAGGAGAAAGGUGAUGUGGCCACACGGUCUUCAGAUGUGCAGAACCACACAGAGUCCACCAUGACUACUGAAAGUGCUGAUGGCCAACGAGACCCCGGCACUAAUGAAACUUUAAUAGACUCCGAGCAAAAACAAAAUACUACUUUAGUAGACGACAGUGACUGGGGUACCCCUGCUGGAAGUACCGUCCCUUUACAAACCACAGUGCCAUCCACAGAAGAUUAUGAUCAAAGUACAUAUUUUCCAGAUGAGACAGGAAUGGACAACAGAUCCAGUGUUUACCAAGAUAACACAAGCAUGGACAGUCGCUCUUCCAAGAUGGAAUGGAUCGUUCCCUUAAUGGUCGUCUCUGCCUUGACUUUCUUCUGCCUGGUCCUACUCAUCGCUGUGCUGGUCUACUGGAGGAAGUGUUUUCAGACCGCUCACUUCUACGUCGACGACAGCAGCUCGCCAAGAGUCGUCCCCAAUGACAACAUACCCAUCAUCCCCAUUCCAGAUGACAUGGAAGCCAUUUCAGUCAAGCAGUUUGUUAAACACAUCAGUGAGCUCUACUCCAACAACCAGCAUGGAUUCUCCGAGGAAUUUGAGGAAGUUCAGCGCUGUACAUCUGACAUGAACAUCACAGCAGAACAUUCCAAUCAUCCAGAUAACAAACACAAGAACAGAUAUAUCAACAUAGUCGCAUACGAUCACAGUAGGGUGAAACUGAGGCCCUUCCCCGGCAAGGAUUCAAAGCACAGUGACUACAUUAAUGCCAAUUAUGUUGAUGGCUACAACAAAGCAAAGGCCUACAUCGCAGCCCAGGGACCUUUAAAGUCGACUUUUGAAGAUUUCUGGAGGAUGAUUUGGGAGCAAAACACUGGAAUCAUUGUUAUGAUAACAAAUCUGGUGGAAAAGGGGCGAAGAAAAUGCGAUCAAUAUUGGCCAGCAGAGAACAGUGAGGAGUAUGGGAACAUUUUGGUAACAUUCAAGAGCACAAAGGUGUAUGCCUGCUACACAGUGCGCAAAUUCACCAUCAGGAACGUGAAGAUGAAGAAGGGUCAGAAGGGGAACCCUAAAGGUCGUCACAAUGAGAGAACGGUUAUUCAGUAUCACUACACACAAUGGCCAGAUAUGGGAGUCCCAGAGUACGCUCUGCCGGUCCUCACGUUCGUACGGAGAUCAUCUGCAGCUCUACAACCAGACUUAGGACCUGUGGUGGUACACUGCAGCGCCGGAGUCGGCAGAACGGGAACAUACAUUGUGAUUGACAGCAUGCUGCAGCAGAUAAAAGACAAGAGCACCGUUAAUGUUCUGGGCUUUCUGAAACACAUCAGAACGCAGCGAAACUACCUCGUCCAGACGGAGGAACAGUACAUCUUUAUUCAUGAUGCCCUUUUAGAGGCUAUUUUGGGAAAAGAGACGGAAGUGGGCUCCAACCAGCUGCACAGCUAUGUGAACACCAUCCUGACACCUACAGCAGGAGGCAAGACUAGGCUGGAGAAGCAAUUCAGGCUCGUCACACAGUGUAAUGCAAAGUACAUCGAAUGCUUCAGCGCCCAGAAAGACUGUAACAAAGAGAAGAACAGAAACUCAUCGGUCGUGCCAUCUGAACGGGCAAGAGUGGGCCUAGCACCAUUACCUGGAAUGAAGGGAACAGAUUAUAUAAACGCUUCUUAUAUCAUGGGUUACCUACGAAGCAAUGAGUUCAUCAUCACCCAGCACCCCAUGCCACAUACGACAAAAGACUUCUGGAGGAUGAUUUGGGAUCAUAAUGCACAGAUCAUCGUCAUGUUACCGGAUAGCCAGAGCCUGACCGAGGACGAGUUUGUCUAUUGGCCGAGUCGUGAAGAAUCUAUGAACUGUGAGGCCUUUACUGUGACCCUGAUCAGCAAAGACCGGCUGUGUCUCUCUAAUGAGGAGCAAAUAAUCAUCCACGAUUUUAUCCUUGAAGCCACACAGGAUGAUUACGUUUUGGAGGUUCGUCACUUUCAGUGUCCAAAAUGGCCGAACCCAGAUGCUCCAAUAAGCAGUGCUUUUGAACUAAUCAAUGUGAUAAAAGAAGAAGCUCUAACACGAGAUGGACCUACUAUUGUGCAUGAUGAGUUUGGCGCCGUUUCUGCCGGGACUCUCUGCGCACUCUCCACUUUGUCCCAACAGUUAGAGAAUGAAAAUGCAGUCGAUGUUUACCAGGUGGCCAAGAUGAUAAACUUAAUGAGACCCGGAGUAUUCACAGAUAUUGAGCAGUACCAGUUCCUCUACAAAGCAAUGCUCAGCCUCGUCAGUACAAAGGAAAACGGCAGCGGCUUCAUGGCAUUGGACAAAAAUGGAGCCAUUUUGAUCAGCGACGAAUCAGACCCUUCACAGAGCAUGGAGUCUCUUGUUUAAAGAGACCCAAGAGAAAGGCACUACAUUUGUUAAAAGGAAAAAAAAACUUCUGACCUUCUCAAGACAAAGUGGACUUAUCGAGGCCUUUUAUUUGCCAGACUAUAGGUUAUACAAUAACCCAAUUACUUUUUUACACUGAUAAAAGUUUUGAUAUUUAUUUUUUGCCAUUUUAUGUCUUAAUGGUAUCCUACUGAGCAUUUGCACCUCUGUUCAUUUCACACAGUGAAAACUCAAUUUUAUCUAGUUUGCACUAUACGAUCAGUGUUACUGCCUAUACCGCUCUAGAACAUGGCAAAGCCCAGCAAGACGACAUUCCCGACUUAAGACCUUUUUUUUUUUUCUUUUUUUGCUAUACAUAACUCGUAAAAAAAAAAAAA